AGGUGCCAAUCAUACUUAGCAAAGCAGGAUAAAAGAGCUGUUCUCCCGAACACAUUGAAUGAGACGGCAUCCGCAUCCAAGGAACUGCAAGGCUUUCAGGAUGAUGCCUCCAGCUGUGGUGUUUGUCUUGCUGUCAGUUCUAGUAGAGAUAAGCGUCUGUUCUGGUAAAAAUAUUGCUAGAGGUGGACAAGUGACUCAGUCUUCAAACUAUGGCAGUGCUUGGGCGCAAAAGGCCAUUGAUGGAAAUCGUGCAAGCAUCUGGGGAAAGGGAUCCUGUACCCACACAUUCAAUGAUAUGAAUCCAUGGUGGAGACUUGACCUCCCGGACAUAUAUAAAAUCAACACCGUUACCAUCACCAACAGGCGAGAUUGUUGCCACCAAAGGAUCAAUGGAGCUGAGAUCCGCGUUGGAAAUUCUCUUGAUGGCAAUGGCAACACUAAUCCGAGAUGUGCUGUAAUCUCCUCCAUCCCAGCUGGGACUUCCAAGACCUUCGUGUGCAAUGGAAUGGAAGGGCGUUACAUUAACAUUGUGAUUCCUGGAAGAAGAGAAUACCUGACUCUGUGUGAGGUGGAAGUUGAUGGUGAACUUUCAGCUAAAAAUAUUGCUAGAGGUGGACAAGUGGCUCAGUCUUCAAACUAUGACAGUGCUUGGGCGCAAAGGGCCAUUGAUGGAAAUCGUGCAAGCAUCUGGGGACAGGGAUCCUGUACCCACACACUCAAAGAUGUGAAUCCAUGGUGGAGACUUGACCUCCUGAAAACAUAUAAAAUCAACAUGGUCAUGAUCACCAACAGGCGAGAUUGUUGUCACCAAAGGAUCAAUGGAGCCGAGAUCCGCAUUGGGAAUUCUCUUGACGGCAAUGGCAAUGCUAAUCAGAGAUGCGCUGUGAUCUCAUCUAUCGCAGCUGGCGCCUCGCAAACCUUUGAGUGUAAUGGGAUGGAAGGCCGUUACAUUAACAUUGUGAUUCCUGGAAGAAGAGAAUUCCUGACGCUGUGUGAGGUGGAGGUGUUCGGCGCAGAGUCUGUUCCUUCCACUGAAUUUGACUGCAAUUAACUUUUGUCACACUCCUUUACUCUUGUUCACUUAAACCUGCAGUCAACUUAUGUAUGCAUGUUUCUAUAUUUACACAGUGUGAAACUAUAAUUAUACACUCAAAUUCAAAGCAAAUAACUUUAAUUCUACAAUGAUUCUACACUGAUUAAUGGAAAUGGUACUGGACUGUUUCAACAAGAAUUCCAUAAUCAAUAUGAAAUACUGUCUUUAGGUUUUAGUUGUACUUUUGCUGUCAUCUGUUGAAAUUAUUAAAUAAAUCAAUUGAUGAUCUCUGCUUCUACCAUA